AUGAAACUAGUACAACAAUCAUCCCUCUCAGAGGAGCUCAAAUAUUUUGAAGAUAAUACAGAUGCUGAGGAAGUACCGUUGAAUCUACAGAACAAAAAGAAACUCAAAACACAAUUUUCGAAAACACUUCUUAAAUGCAACCCUUUUGUACAAGACGGAAUCCUGCGUGUAGGUGGACAACUUCGAAACUCUGGUUUACCAGUUGAUCAGAAGCAUCCGAUUAUUCUUCCACCAUACCAUCAUGUGACAAAACUGAUUAUUACCAAACAUCAUGAAAUGACUGGACAUUCUGGUACAUUACACACACUUUCCUCUGUUCGUGGCAAAUAUUGGAUUUUGAAGGGACGAUCUGCUGUUGCCAAGGUUGUUCGUGACUGUGUUGCUUGCAACAGACGUUCUGCAAAAGUAGGAGAGCAGUGGAUGGCAGAUCUACCAUUUUCUCGUGUUACUGCAGGUAACCCACCAUUUUUCUACACUGCAGUUGAUCUGUUUGGCCCUGUGAAAGUCAAAUUGGGGCGAAGCGAACAUAAACGAUAUGGCUGUAUAUUUUCAUGCAUGGCUACAAGGGCCAUUCAUAUCGAAGUUGUGGAAUACUUGGAUACUUCAGCAUUCCUGCAAGCUUUCUUCAGGUUUACAUCUAGACGUGGGAAACCUGCUCAUGUAUAUUCAGACAAUGGAUCCAACUUGGUGGCUGGAAGCAAAGCUAUUGCAGAAGGUAUAAACAAAUGGAAUUCCAAGCUGAUUGACACAUCUCUAUCUCAAAAGGGUAUACAAUGGCAUUUUUCGCCUCCUCUUUCUAGUCACCAAAAUGGAGUGGUGGAAAGAAUGGUACGAGAGGUGAAAAGAAUUCUUCGAGCUCUAUUGAAUGGCCAGUCUCUCAAUGAUUACUCAUUAUGGUCUCUUCUUACAGGAGUGGAGGGAAUUCUCAAUGAUAGACCACUCACACCACUGAGUGAUGAUCCGAAAGACUUGAAUGCCCUCUCUCCCAACUCAAUUUUGAUAAACAGAUUAGAACCAUCUUUACCACCUGAUGUGUUUUUUCGAACGGAUGAAUAUAGAAGAGGAUACAGGCAUGUUCAACGAUUACUCGAUUUAUUUUGGCAGCGUUGGACAAAAGAAUAUCUUCCCCAAUUACAGUGCCGACAGAAGUGGCUCAAUGUUCAACGCAACUUUCAAGUUGGAGAUCUUGUGCUGAUGUACGAUGACAAUUCACCAAGAGGAUGUUGGCCCAAGGCAAUUGUAGAAGAAACAUACCCUGAUGAUCAAGGAGUUGUCAGACGAGUGAAGGUGCGCACAUCCAAUUCAACAUAUGUGCGUGACAUAAGGAAGCUUUGUCUCCUUGAAGCUGUUUGA